GACCGACCGACCUGUGUGAAGGAAAGAGUGAGGCAAAGAGGGCGUUAGAUCCAGGUUGAGGUUGACGACAUGGCACGAACGAACAACGAGGCGACCAAUACAGAGAAGAGUCAGUGAGCACAUGGGAGGAGCAGGCCGGCAGGCAGGCAGACGCAAAUUCGACUUCUGCAUGUGGGUGUGGGCAUAUGUGUGUGUGUGUGUGUGUGCAGUGCGUCAGCAUCAGCUGAUGAAGCGGAUGAGCGCCAAGCCGUCGGGCGUGCACGAGGAGAUGGACCUCGCUGUCUGCUCGGACGUCAUCGGCUUCGAACAAACCGUAAGAUGACAGCGCAAGACAGACAAGACAAACGCGAACCACACAUCCUAUGCGCAUGAGAGUGAGUGUGUGUGUGUGUGUGUGUCAGCUGGCGCUGAAUGCCUCGUCCAAGUUCGCCAAGAUCCGCGAGAUCCUCGAGGCCAACCCCACCGACAAGUGAGGAGGAAGAUCGCCAGACCCACAUCCGCACCCGCAACAAGGACAUCACGUCACGUCCACACACACUCAAUCCUGUGCUGUGCAGGUCGCUGGUGUCCGAUGUGGACCGUCAGCUCAUCCUGAAGAUUAGCUUCAAGAACCCCGUCACCCUCACAUUCAUCUCCUUCAGGGCAGACGUGCCCCCCAAACCCAACCCAGACACAGCUGGCGACGGUGGUGGAGGAGGAGACGAUGAUGACAUCAGCCCGCCGUCAAUCAUAAGGAUAUAUUCCAAUAAGGAGGUGGGUGGGGUGGGGUGGCUGGAGAGAUCGGGCGGGAGGCCACGCGUCUCAUGGAUGGAUGGAUGGAUGGGCGUGUUGUUUGUAGGAUAUGGACUUCGACGAGGUGGACCGAUUGGAGCCCAGCCAGACCUUCGAACUCUCGAAAGAACAGCUGUAAGCUAAGCAGACAAGGGGGGGGAGGUCUCUGUCUGCAGACACACUGCAUGUCCUGUCUGUUGGUACGGUGCGUGUUUCAGCUCUGGCCAGCGGUUGGUGCUGCGAGGCAGUAGGUUCCAGCGGUGCAGCUCGAUCCAGAUCUUCGUCGAAGACAACCACGGCGACACGUGAGAAUGAAUGGACUGAGCCCUCAAUGCUCAAUGCAAUCAAUGCUCAUGGCAUGGCCACCUUGUGUGUCCUUUCCCUUUUCCAUUUCAUUUGUCUGUCAGUGAGCAGACCUUCCUCAAUCGGGUGUCUCUGAUCGGCCGGUCGGCCGACAGCUACCACUCCUCAUACAGAUGAUAGCCUAGCCGCCCGGGUGAUGGUGAAAAAACAGACGGCCGUGUGCGUCGGCCGAUGGUCGUGAUGCGACGUGACCCUUGAUGGAUGGAUGGAUGGAGACGUGUGUGUCAGUGUCUUCUCCUGCCUACUUCCUUACACGAGUCUUUUUCGUGGGUGUAAAGACGAUAGCUAUCUAUCUGCCUUGAUAGGUGGACGUGCAUGUGUUCGUUCGUUGAUUGAUUGAUGCACUGAUGCGUGGGGACUCUGAGUGUCCAUUCAUGGCUUAUACAAAUACAAAAUGGUGC